AACACAGGUGUGAUUAAGAUGAAGGGUUUCUUAGCAACAACAUGAAAUCAACAAGACCCGAUUAAGACUUUUUCUUCAUAUUGUCUCUCUCUUUCUCUCUCCUCUUCAUCUCAUCUUUGUCUCUUUUGUGUAGAUCAUCAAUCAAUUAAUCAAGCUUUCAUCAAUGGCGAAACCAUGUUCAAUUCUCACCAUCUUCAUCUUCUUCAUCUAAACUCUUUGAAGAAAUCAAGUGAAGUUUGAUCAAAUCAAUGGUUGUUGCAGUAGAAGCUCGCAAGUUGAGUCUCCCUCACCUUUCUCUCUCCUCACCUCAGGUCACUUCUUUACUUUACGAACCAAAUUCUCUCUCUUUAGCUUUGAUGCAUUCUGACUCAACUUUCUCUCUCUUCCCUUCUUUUUCCCCCUUUUCAAUUUCAAAUUCUCUCCCCCCUCCUCAAACCCUAAUUCCCCCUCCCUCUUCUUCUGCUUGUUUUGUGCCCCUUAAGAACCCUAACCCUAAAAUUGAAGAUUGCCCAGAUGAUAAAAGAGCUGUUUUUGUUACUGCUGGGCCCCACAAUGGUGGUUCUAGGGUUGUUUUGAGAUUCUAUUUGUUGGGUAAAGAUGGGAAGUUUGUGAAUUCCAAUGUGAUUUGUAGUCAGAAUGGUGUUUGUUUUGAUAGGAAAUUUGGUGUUAUUGUGGAUGUAAGUCAUGGAAUGAAGGUUAUGCUUUCUGGGUGUGUAAAUUAUUUGGCAAUGUACUCAGCUUCAGGGGGGAAAAUCUUGGUUUUUGGGUUGAAAUUGGUGGGAGAUGGGAGGGAUUUGAGGUUGGUUAAGUGUGCUGUGGUGGAUUGCCGGCUGCCCGUUUCGACGAUUUGUUUGUCAUUUGGGUUUUUGAUCAUGGGGGAGUUGAGAGGAGUAAGGGUUUUUCCAUUGCGGGCAUUGGUCAAGGGAAGGGUUAAGAGUGGGAGGAAGAUGCGUGUGACGAAGGGAAAGGGUGAAAAUUUGAAUGUUGAGGUACAGGAGGUUAAUGUGAAAGUUGAGAUUCGGAAUUCUAAAAGGCUAAAUGGUGUUGUGAGGCCUUUGGAUGAGAGUUAUCAAUUUGAUAAGAGCAUUGGGAAUUUGAGUUCUUCCAAACUUUUGCCUAAUGGUCAUGCUUAUAGUGUUCUCAAUGCAGUAUCGUCCUCGAGUUCGAAUGUUGAUGGGACUGUGAAGCCGAGGUCUUUAAAAUUUCAACAAGACUCUGGUGCGUGGGGAAUGCAGUUUGUUGUGUUUAAUGACAGCGUUCACGAAGAGAUCAAACCCAGAGUGAUGCGACAUAAGACAACAAAGGCGAUAUCCAUCCUAGCUGUUUCACAGGAGAAGUUUCUGAUUCUAGAUUCAAAUGGAGGUUUGCACAUACUUCAUGUAUCAAAGACUGGCUCUUCUCGAAUGAGUCAGUUAACUAGCACUAUCCAAGUACAGCAAUUGGCUACUUUUCCUGAUGCAUCUGCUGAUUCUCAGACUGUCUGGAUAUCUGAUGGACUAUAUUCGGUGCACUUGAUGGUAAUAUCUAGUUCAGAAACCACAGACAAGGAUAAGGAUGGGAGCAACAAUGAAGGAGAGAUAAUUCAAAGCUCAGUUACCCAAACAAUAUUUAUGAGUGAGAGCAUUCAAGAUAUGAUGCCCUUGGCUGCAAACAGAGUCCUGAUUCUUGGGCAAGACAACUUAUAUACUUAUGCCAUUUCGUGAAGUUGCUGGUUGCCUCUUGUUUGUGCUGGAGAAAUUUGUCUUCCUGGUUAAAGAUCAAGUCUUUUGAGCAAUGGGGCUCCACAACCGUCUUCUGUUUAGACUGAAUCAAUCUACACAAUGUUCAUUCCAGUAUCCUCAACCUUCUGUGCUGACCUUGACACAAACUUUACUGAAGUCACGACCUAUAGUUGUCAUAUCUUUCUGCUAAGGUGGCCUUCAGGAAUGGGAGCUGUUCAGGUGAGAGAAGGAAGAAUAAUGGGUGAGAGCAUCAAAUUUAUGACUAAUACAACCUUUGGGCUGAAUAAACAAAGAAAAAAGAAUUCCAAGAGCGAAUAAAUGAUGGCGGCACGGUAUCUAGGGGAAGGAUUAUUUGGUGAUCAGUUGGAUGCCUGAAAAUGAAGCAGAUUCUGAAUCUCACCACAUACUGAGCCCUUCUUCCUGUGAUCCAUAUUUGGGCCUCUGCUUAUAGAACCACAUAUCACGCAAGGCUUUGGGAGAUGAAAGGAAAGGAUUACCAAAAGCCAGUAAACACUUUGCUCUGCAUAGUUCACAUCCACCGGUUUGCCAUUAAAGUAUCGUGAGGCUGUGUAGUCUGUUACAUGAACUUGCUUCAGGUUACUCCUUGAUUUAUCGAACUCGAUUUCUAUUUUCGAACCAAUUUUAAGUUAAAAGUUUGUAUUUUGUUUCCCUUGUUGAUUUGGAUUCCUAUUAUAGUAUUAUGUGUGUUACACCUGAGACAAAACUUCAUGAUGUACCAUGAAAUUCAUGUACUCUUAAGUAGUACCUGAGCUCUUUCUAUAUGCAUAUUCUCUUUUCUAUA